CCAAGAGAUUUUAACACACAUUACUGUGAUCGGCUGUAGUAUUUCCCUUUUUGCUUUGGUCAUAGCCAUUUUGCUCUUUAUUACAAACAGAAAACUCAGACAAGAUGUCUCUAUGAAGGUCCACAUCAACCUUGUAAUUGCCCUGAUGCUCCUCAACCUGCACUUCCUGCCCAGUCAGGCAGCGGCAGCAGGGUCUUCCUCUGGACUUUGCUUAUACAUGGCUCUUUUACUUCAUUAUUCCCUGCUGGCCACUUUCAGCUGGAUGGCCUUGGAAGGUUUCCACUUAUAUCUUCUCCUGGUCAAAGUCUUCAACAUCUAUGUCAAGAAAUACCUGCUCAAACUCAGCGUGGUGGGAUGGGGCGUCCCUGCAGUGAUUGUGUCAGUGGUGGUGAUCAUAGACAGAAAGUUUUAUGGUCAGGUUGCUCUGGAAACAUCUAACUCUACAAUAUGCUAUAUAACCAAUUCCUACGUGAAAAUAUGGACUACAGUGGUACUGUUCAGCUUGGUGUUCCUUUUUAAUGUAAUCAUGUUUGGGGUGACAAUCAGACGUGUUUUGAUUCUCCACCACACCAGAGAGUUUGGGCAGAAUAACCUUGAAAAAACAAAGAAAGACAUUUGCUCCCUGGCUGGAGUCAUGACUCUGCUCGGCAUUACCUGGGGCCUGGUCUUUUUCUCAUUUGGCCUCCUGACCACUCCUGCCCUCUACCUCUUCUGCAUCUUGAACUCACUGCAAGGUUUCUUCAUCUUCCUUUGGUUUGUGAUGUCACUGAGAAAGGCUAAAACCUCGGCUACUAAGAUGAGCAGUGAAACACGCAGCACUAAUAGCUAGUAGCAACACCUCCAUAAGAAUCUGUGUGGGUUGGUAUAAUUCAUAUUGUGAUACAGUGACAACAUGAUUAUUUCUGUUUUAAAUCAUGAUGUUUAUUUAUAGAACAGCACAGCAGAAAAGACAGCUGAGCAAGUGUGAACAUUAAUGUUAUGUUUGAAGUAUUAUUGAUGAAAUACAUGGAGUAAAACAUUUGUGGUAAGGAAUUAAUCUCUCGUAAGAGCAACUUAGAGGAUGGUUUCCCUAUGCAUUGUAAGCUUUUCCAUAUUUGAGCACAGUUUUCUGCCUAAAGUCAGUCAUUUACAUAUAUGCAUGUUUUAUAAUUAUCUCAGUUAUAAUUUCUUAUUAUUUUAAUGUAUAUUAAACAGCAAAUUUGUAUCUGAACAUAUAUUCUUGCAUACCUUGAGUGCCAGUAUUAAAAGCAUAAUCAUGUUACUGCAUGCUUGUUUAGCCCUUGACAGGAAAACAAUUAUGGUUUACCGAGUUUAUGACUAAAACUGUAGAUAUCAAUCCACGUUAAACCAAUCAGAUCUGAACAGUUCCAACUUGACUCCUUAAGAAUCAACUGAUAUUUAUUAAUUUGUAGAAUACAAUUCUAAUGUAAUGCAAUAUGGCCAGACAGAUUUUUACUUUGAUUAACUGAUAAAAUUUAGAGUUAAAACCAUCUAAUGCCAAAAUCUUGUUUUAUUGUCAGUGGCUGGGUCUGUGACCCAGCAUUUUCAGUUUAUGUUUUUAAUUUCUUUUGUUAUAUUUUGAGAUAAUGUUGAGUUCUAGGGUUAUUAAUAGUUUGCCUUGAGUUUUAGUCUAGGUUAUGUUUCACCUAGGUCUUCUUUGUUAGUUUGUCAUGUAUUUCUUGUCUGCGUGUUUCAUAUCGUCAAACCUGUGUUAUCAUGUCUACGUCUCUCCAUGUUUGGUUUUUUAUUUUGACAGUCUUGUGUUUCCAUGUUCAAUGUAUAUGCUUAUUUUUACUUUUGUCCUGUGGUGUCAUUAUGUUCAUUCCAGUCAGCUGCUUCCCCAUAUGUGUAUUUCCACCUCCUCUGAUCACCUCCUGUGUGUAUUUAGUCUGUUUUUUAAUUCAGUCUUUGUCAUGUCGUCUGUGUUCCUUCCUCCCAUGUGACGUCAGGUUAAAGAUUUCAUGAUUCUGUUCAUGUCACUUUUUUAAUAGUUAGUUUUCUCAGUCUAGGUUUCAGUUUAGCUUUUCCCUCGCUUUGCCUUUUUUUGUAUUUCAUGUUUAAUCAGCCAUAAUAAACGGUGCUCCUUUUGUCUAAACUCAGGUCCGUCUCCUUCCAUGUCUGCACUUGAGUCCCCCUUCUCACUUCCCCUUCUUACUUUGUCCAAAAGACAAAACUCCUAAACACAAACUUAACAAUGUAGUGUAUGCUGUACAUUGUAGCGAGGAAUGCCCAGGCCUCUACAUUAGAGAGACCAAACAGCAUAAAUGUUUAACUAUAUACAAGUGUACACUCAUACAAUACACACAUAAAACAAUUUAAACCAAAACAACUGCAAACUACAUUUUUACAUAAACUAAGCACCCUAUGGUUAAGACCCGAUAAAUGAUAAUAUAAGCUAAAUGCUGAGCUUAUAUUAUAUCUGUGUGACAAAUACCUUAACAGCGGCCUCCCAUGGACGAACAUGACAGAGCCUGCCUGAAACUAGGAGAAAAAUUGAAACGGGAGUGGCAUUCAGGGAGGGAAACAUGGGUGUAUGGGGCGCGGGAGCCAACCCUGAUGCGCGGCCUGUGAAAUGCUACCCAGGGGUACUCUGGGACCCCCGGGGUCCGGAGCUGCCCCAACGGGGAGCAUGAGGGUUAAUACCUUACUCUUGCCUUAAUCUAUAAAAAUGAGAACAAGGCUUCAAUGUUCAUGUUGUGCAUUUUCCAUUGUUAUACCCCUCCGACCUGUCUUCCCCAUGUGAUGUUUGUGUAAUGUAUGUAUGGUCGGAAGGGUA